AUGGGUUCUGUGGGAGUCGAGGCUCCUUUGAAAGUCAUCAUCGUCGGCGCAGGACUUGGAGGAUGUGCGACGGCACUGGCGAUGCACAGCGCUGGGUUCGAAGUAGUUGUUUUUGAGAAAGUGAGGAAUUUCCUCAGGUUGGGAGACUCCUUAGGAUUGGGUGAGAAUGCACUCAAGCUCCUGGAUCGAUGGUCGCCGAGCCUACGAGAGCGACUUGUUGAGAUUGGCAAUAAAUCCGAAAUGAUGCAGAUUCGUCGAUGGCAUGAUGGCAAGAUCCUGGCUCAACAGCCUCUGAUGGAUAUGGCCGGCUUCAUUGGCCAUCGUGGCGACUAUCACACUGGAUUCUUGAAUGCUGUUGCUGAAAAAGGCAUACCCGUCCACAUGGGGACUGAUGUGGUGGAUUAUAAUGACAGCAAUCCCUCGGUGACAUUGGCUAACGGCGAGGAGCACUACGCCGACAUUGUUAUUGCUGCCGACGGUAUCAAGUCGCGUGCCAGAGAACUGGUACUUGGAUUUGACGAUAAGCCCAAAUCAUCGGGGUAUGCGUGCUUCAGAGCCUUUUUCAAAGGUUCCCAUCUCAAGGGCGAUCCAUUGACCGCCGAGUUCGUAGAGAAAGAAUGCGUCAACAUAUGGAUCGGGAAGGACCGACAUUUGGUUCAAAACACGCUUCGAAAUGGUGAAGAGUUUAAUUGGAUCAUCACCCACAAGGACACCGAGGAUAUCAAGGAAUCUUGGUUUCAACCUGGUGACAUGAACGCAGUACGGGAACUCGUUGCCGACUGUGACCCUAGGAUCUCAGCUGUGGUCUCCAAAACGGAGGAGUGUUUAGAUUGGAAGAUUUGCUACCGAGACCCCAUUCCAACGUGGGUGAGUCGAAACCACAAGGUGGCUUUGGUGGGAGACUGUUGCCAUCCACACCUGCCAACAAGUGCCCAAGGGGCAAGCCAAGCGACAGAAAGCGCAGCGGUGCUCGCACAGUGCUUAUUGCUGGCAGGGAAGGAUAACGUUCCACUGGCAACUCGAGUCUAUGAGAAGAUUCGAUUCCCGCGAGUCCGCCGGGCCCAGACAAAUGGAGAGGAUGUUCGAGAUCGAUGGCAUUCUGCUCUUGACAAAGUUGCAGAUGGCGAGGAGAUCGACCCUUACAGCAUCCAUAUCAGAGUUAGCCACAUCCUUUGCCAUCCAUAUUAUUUCGUCGCGCACUAA